AUGGACGCUGAGCGCCCCCCCGAUUCUUCUGUGCCCGCUGCCGCUGAACAGGAAUCACCAAGGGGGACAUGGGCCACCCCCGCGGGAACUUCACCACGACCGUCCGCACCACCGCAGGUUGCUAGGCGACAGAUGCUGGCGGCUUUCAGGGCGACGGAUAUUGUUAUCAGUCGCUUGGAUAAUUUGAUGUCCACGGCCGCCGGUCAGGAACGAAUCUUCGCAGUAACCGGCUAUCUCACCCAUGUGCUUCAUCAUCUCCUUGCUUCUGCGCCAUGGAUAGCCGUGCAGACACGUUUAAGCCUCCUUGCUCGGCUGAACUCCCGAGCAAAACCCACCCCGUCUAAGGAUUCCUCGUCACAGUCCCGCCUUCUCGCUUUGUCAUCUCUGAUGUCCGAGACCCGUUAUACGAUCCGGCUCCUGGGCCUCAUUCCCCUGUGGACAUGGGGCUCGGCAACGAUCAAAUCGCCGCCCUCAGACCGCGUUAUGUACACUUUGACGUUGCUACAAGUGUUCGUGAACGUGAUCUACCAAGCUCUCGAGAACGGGGCCUACCUCGCGUCAAAGGGAAUCAUCUCAAAACGGUUUAUCGACAGAUGGGGCGGUCCCGCCAAAUGGGAUCUGUGGAGUAUUCGGGCCUGGUUUGGACAUAUUUUCCUACAGUUCUUCGUACUGUGGAGAAAGCGCGUGUGGCUUAAGAAGAAAAUGGCCGAUCCCUCGACGGAAACAAAAGAGAGCCAGGACGUCGUCAGAGCGGAGAUGCGGGCCUGGAAGAAAAGUUUGGUCAACAAUGUUUGUUGGGCUCCGGUGUGUCUUCACUGGUGCUUUGAGAACGGUAUCGGAUUCCCGAAUAACUUGACGGGACUCGUUAGUUUCAUGGCGGGGGCUUGGGGCGUUGCUGAUAUGUGGGCUGCAACUGCACAGCCCUGA